UGUAACUUUUGUAUGCUUGUUUACCAACUCGAAAGGAAAAAAAGAACGAUAAUGGAACUAUUACAAAAAUUGUUUAGUAAUGGGGUCUAAAAUUUAAGAAAGAGAAAAGCUUUUUUUAACUUUUAUAAAUUAAUUAUCUAAUUUGAAAGUCAUGGAGUCCUGCAAUAAUGUUGAGAAAGAAAUAGAAAAAGUCUUGACUAAAUUUGGAGCUUUCAAUGAGCAUGUCCGCAGAACGCUGGAUGAACUGAUUGAAUAUGUUCAAAAUCUUCAACAAGAAUACAUUGAAUCAGCUUCAGUGAUGGAGACUAUUACUCCUGCACAAAGCUCCAUUCUUAGCAGAUGUUCAACUAGAGUUAAAGAUGUUGUUACCAGUUUGGCAACUGAGCAUCGUGACCUUCACGGAACUGUUUCAAAAGUUGGAAAAGCUAUUGAUAAAAAUUUCAUAGCAGAUUUUGCUACCACAAGCAAUGAAGAUGUUUUUCAAGGUUCAGAAAAUGCAAAACUUUUAAAUCAAGUUAUUAGUGAACAUUUUCUGAGACAAGGAAUGCUUGAAAUUGCUGAAGAAUUAAUUAAAGAAACUGGUCUACAAAUGGAACAAAAUAAAAGAGAGCCAUUUUCAGAAUUAAACAGGAUAUUAGAUGCAUUGAAACGAAAAGAUCUAAAACCUGCUUUGACGUGGGCUCAAUCAAAUCGUGAGAAGCUCUUGGAGCAAAGCAGCUCUUUAGAAUUCCGACUUCAUAGAUUGCAUUUCAUUGAUUUAUUGCAACAAGGAGUAUUUAAGCAGGAAGAAGCUAUAUCAUAUGCAAGAAAAAACUUUCAGCAUUUAGCUGUGCAACAUGAAAAAGAAAUACAAAUCUUAAUGGGAAGUUUGUUGUAUCUAAAGCAAGGUAUUCAAAACUCACCUUACAGUUAUCUACUGGACCCCAUUCAUUGGGUGGAAAUCUGUGAUAUUUUUACAAGGGAUGCUUGUGCACUCUUAGGAUUAUCAGUAGAAAGUCCUCUAGCUGUUUGUACUAAUGCUGGAUGUAUUGCAUUACCUGCAUUGUUGAACAUUAAGCAAGUUAUGCAGCAGAGAUUGGUAACUGGUGUCUGGAAUACUCGAGAUGAAUUACCUAUCGAAAUUGAUCUUGGUAGAAAAUGUCACUUUCAUUCCAUUUUUGCCUGUCCGAUUUUAAGGCAACAAAGUUCAGAAAACAAUCCACCUAUGAGACUUGUUUGUGGUCAUGUGAUAUCAAGGGAUGCUCUCCACAAAUUAGCAAAUGGAAACAAGUUAAAGUGUCCCUAUUGUCCAGUGGAGCAAAACCCUUCAGAGGCAAAGUUGAUUCAUUUCUAAUAAAAACUAUGUUCUAAAUAAUUUUAUACACGGAAGCUGUCACCAUUCUCCUUUUAAUGUGAUUGUUGAGUUCCUUAUUUUAGAAUUCUCUUGAUGUCAUAAUUCAAGUGAUUCUUGGCUUACAAAACUGUGCAAUUUUGGCUUUGAACUUUUCUCAAUAUUAAAUAUUUUUUUAAUUCUUUAAAUAAAAGAAAAGAGCUCAUGGCUAGUUUUAUUAUACAGAAAAUUGUAGUUUCUUUUGAACGAUAUAAAAAUAAAUAAUUCAUCUUUUUUUUUUUUAAAUAAAUUUUAAAUCUCAGGAAAAACUCUAAACUUAAGGAAGUUGUAAAAUUUUGUUUUGAAACAGUAGUAAAGAAAAUACAUGUGCUUAGAUUUGACCAGUUUUUGUGUUCAUGUCAUAUUUAUCUGAAUAAAAUCUGGUAUUUCGUAAAACUGUGUGUAUUUAUGACAAAAAAUUAAAAAUGUGUACACAGACUUUUUUUUUCUUCUUCUUCGUAUUUUAUAAGCUAGAUUACCAUACAAGACUAGCUAUAAUUUAACCUAGAUAUCAGCACGUGUAUUUUUAAUUUUUUUUUAAGUUUAACUGAGUAAUAAGAUUUGUAUGAAGUUCUAUGUUUGAAGUAUGUUCUAAUAAGAUAUUUUCCAUCAAUUGUAUUAAAAUACUCUUUGCAUCUCUAGCUUUAGGUAUAUUAUAUUUUUCGCAAACUUUUAUUUUGAUGUUUGACAAAGUGUGCAUCUAUAAUGUUUUCUCUUAUCCUCAUUUCAUAAAAUGCUCAUCGUUUUUUUUUAAUUUAUUGAGUAUCUUUAUAAAAUAUAAUUAAUUUAUAAAAUUUUUGUAUUUCACCUUAUUUAAAUUCAUUUUGUCUAAAAUAAUCAAAAUAUUUGGAAAACUUUAUUUACUUUGGAUUUAAAGCAUGCUCUGUUGUCAAAUCACUCGUUUGGUGUAAACCAUAUACUUAAUAAAGAAAAAAAAUAAUAAUUUAUGUUAAUAAUCUUAUUAAUUCCAAAAUUUUUUUUUCAUGAAAUAACCAUGCACAUUAAAUGCGAGUCUUUUUAUGUAAGUUUUUAUAUAAUUAAAGAGCGCAGUGGAAAAAAUAUGUUAAGUACUAAUUUUGAUAAAAUAAGUUUUAAAAAAUGUAGCAACCUCUGGAUGUGAUUUAGAAAACAAAUUUUUCCCCUAAACGCCACCUUAUUAUGACAUGGUAGAUUAAAUGAAUGUUCUGCAUUAAGAACAGACACUACCAUUCAAUACAUUUUAUUGUAUAAAUAUACUUACAAAAUUUCCCUUAACAUAUAUAAGAGUUUUUUGUAUAUUUUCUCUAUCAAAAUUUGGUUUAGAAAUUAUUCCCCCUCCCCACUAAAAAUGGCUUUAUUUCAUGACUUGACUGACUGAAUGUUCUAUUUUUUUACCGAACUGUACCAUAAAAAGUUUGACUGUCCUUUCUUAAGCGUUUAAAUUAUAUUCAUUCUUUGUAGAGAAAAAAAAUUAAGUAAAAAUCUAUAGUAGUAUCAUGAAUUCUAUUUGUUGAAAAUGACAAUCUUCAUGGAUAAUCUUAUAUAAAUGUAUGAAAAGUGUAUAGAUCUUUCUCAGCAAUAAAACUGGGAGAAAUUUCACAUGAUUACUUUAUGAAAAUAUUUUUUUUAUGUAUUCUUAUAUUCUAGAAUGAUAUAAAUCUUGUGAGAUAAUUGGAGUUUUUGUUGCAAAAAGGAAAUAAUUUGGCUUUUUCUAGUUAUAUUCACCAUUUAUUCUUUAAAAAAAAUGAACUCUACUGUAAGUCUUGCUCAUCUGUGACAUAGUAGUAUGUUGCUUUUUCUCUUUUAAUCUUCUACAUUUGUUUCCUUAAUAUGGUUGAAACAAUGGAAUGAAAUUCACUUUAUUUUCAUUCUUGACAAGAAAACGAUAUGUUCUUAACGGAAACGAUAUGUUCGUUGCAUUUAAAAAUAAAAAAAAGUUAUCCUUUGGAUGCAAAACUGUAAUCCGUGUUAUAUAAGCUGCUAGUAUAUUAUUUUUAAAAAAAACUUAUGUUAUGGAAUAUGUUAACAUCACCCUAAUUAUAUCUUUAUUCACAUUUUUUAAUCAAUAUUUUUUUUCUUCAUAACAUAUUAACGAUAACUUAAACCAUUUCUAAGAAUUUUUUUUAAAACUUAAAAUAAAAAAGCAUAAAAUAAACUUCACAUCUCAGUAAUUAAUGCAUUUAUAUCAUCUAAUAAUGCAUCUUUUUGUGCUGCCUUCUGGUGAUAAGAGAGAGAACCACCACCAGGA